CAUUCGCUGGCCUGGUCAGCAACAACGCUGGCAGGGCGUAGAAAUUCUCGGUAUGUUUUCAACUUGGAAUUUAUUCAUUUUCUUCAUAUUAAAUGAUCCAUGAAGGCUUGAUCAUUGACUUCGCUUAAAAUGAAGAGUUAAUAUUAUUGCAAAACAUGGCGCAAUCUAUUUUCGACGCUUUAACAGGCGUGUCCUUGGACAGUCCUGUGCAAUCGUUAUUAGAGUCCCAGACUUUAAUAACCGAAGUUGAAGAGUCAGCUAUUGACCAAGAUGAUGAAGACAUAUUCCAGUGUGGAAAGUGUAAAAGCCAAUUUACAUCAUUACACAUGUUUAUGUUACACAAAAGGACACACCAGAAAACGCAAGAGCAAACAGUAGAUUUGAGUCAGUUUUUGGUGAACGAUGCAAAUCAAGCAGUUCACGCAGAUGACAAUAGUCAAGAUGUAUCUCAAUAUGAUCCACAAGAAACAUUUGUUGAAAAUGAUCAGCUCAGUGAACCAAUUAUACUCGAAGAGUCAGACAUGCUAUUUAGCAUGGAUCAAGAAGGUGCUAAUUAUUUUGCAACAGAUUCCACAUUUAGUGUUCCAAUUAUAUUAAGUUCAGAAGGGUUGGAUACUUUUACAAGCUCUCCUAUUCCAGAGGAUAAUGAAUCCAUGAAAGAUGAUUCAAACGAAGUACCUCAAAUUCUCCAAAGUGAUAUUUCUCCAGAGCAAAAUAUUAUCGAUACAAGUAAAGUUGAUAUACCGAUAACUGAAGAUCAAAUCGCAACUGAAACUACUACCUAUCAAACUCAAAAUUUAAAGUAUAAGUGUGGUUAUUGUAAUAAACAAUUCUCAAAGAAAUUUUAUUGGCAGCAACACGAACGUUCACAUACAGGGGAAAAACCAUAUCAAUGUGUUGUGUGCGGGCGCGCUUUCGCACAAAAGUCAAAUGUUAAAAAGCAUAUGUCGUCACAUAAAGUGUGGCCAGGCACGGCUAUACACUCGCUGCCUCCCGAGGCACCAGCAGACGGAAGCAUAGAUCGUACCUAUCAUUGUCAGUUUUGCAAAGAAAUAUUUGACUCUUACAAAGCUCUAAAGGGCCAUCUUAUAGUCUCUCAUUUAGCAUUGAAAGUGUACAAAUGCGUGCAAAAUAGCUGUAGCAUGAUGUUCGCCGAGCUCGAGGAUUUCUUGGAACACACUCGCAGCCACAAGAGAUCGGAAUAUCGUUGCCACGUGUGCGGUGAAGUAUUCAAUACUCUAUCCGAUCUGGGGCUUCAUCAAUACGCUCAUUCCGUCCAAAAACAGAAAACAACAGAGAAAUAUUACUGUUGCUCCGUUUGUAAAUCCUCCUUCUCAAACUUGGAGGCUUUACAACAUCACACAGAAACGACGACGCACGACUAUGCUUGUCAUCAUUGCGGAAAGAGUUUCUUGAUCGAACGAUUCUUGCGACGUCACUUGAAGACACACGCCUCGCCCGCACGAUUUGCCUGUGAAGACUGCGGGAAGGCCUUUAAAACUGAGCAAUAUUUAGCCAAUCAUAAGUUAAUACAUAGCGAGGAAACGCCGUUCCUAUGCCCACACUGUCCGGCUAGAUUCAAACGAAAAGAUCGCUUGGGUCGUCAUAUGUUGAUUCACGAUUUAACGAAGAGAUUAAAGUGCCCCUUCAGAAGUUAUUUAGGAUGUAUGAGCGAGUUCUCACGACCUGAUAAAUUAAAGCGUCACCUACUGACGCACAGCAAUAUAAAAAGAUUUAGUUGUAGCCACUGUAAUCGUAAUUUCCAUCGGGCGCAAGCUCUUAAGUAUCACGAAAUGAAUAAACAUAGUUUAAAAUGCGAGAUUUGUUCACACGCAUUCAAAACUAAGGAACAAUUGCUAACUCAUAAUUGCGACCAGUCGAACGAGACUAAAAAACACAUGAGUUCACAGUUACCUAAGAAAGCAUCUGGAUCAUUCAAGCCAAGGAAACCUACUCCAAAGAGACAAACAUCAUCAAAGACUGCAAUUGGACUUGCUGAUAAGGAGAAGCUAGAGAAAUUUAAGGCUGAAGAAGUACAAAGAAAAAUCACCUCCGAAAUGUUAAGGUCCGACGAUUACAAAGAUGAAACCGAUACCAAAAAACUAGAAAAUAUUUCCGUAUCAAAGGAAAUCGGUUCGACGAUCGAAGCUCUCAUGAAACCUGACAAUGCAACGGACAAUGAAAUCAAACGCAACAUUAAUACAUAUGCGGUACAACAGACAGGCGAAUAGAGUUUUUAAAUAUAUUUUUUAAUUGUAUUUAAAUUCUAAUAUAUAGUCUAGAAUAUAGAUAAGUUGUUAUACUACGUGCAAUGGGAUCAUUGGCAAACUGCAAGUUGCAUUUUAUAAUAGUAUAUAAUAAUAUUUUGUAGUUUACAUAUCUGUGAUAAUUGUAUUAUAAAAUAUAUUAAUAUAAGUAACUUAUAUCUAUCUAUCUCAAGUAUUUUUAAUGUCGCCUUCCUUAGGCCGGCCGUUUGGAAUUUAUGAAUGUAUUAAAGAAAAUGAUGCUUGUCUCAAA